UGUUCCUUUACGGUUUUUGAAGGUAUUUGAGAACUGGCAACAGCAAGCAAGGUGCGUCGCCCAACAACAAAUUAUACGGAGGAAAGCUAAGUCCACGCGCUUCUGGUGAGUCUGUAGCCGUACUUGGCUUCGCGCGCUCCACUAAUGGGUUUUAUCUUUAAACGAAUUUGUAACUUAACAAGUGAGGACGACAGUGGGCUACGGAAAGGGAAGCUAAGGCUAAAAUACUUUUGUUAGUCUGUGCUUAUUACUUCACACAUUUCACGCUAACAUCACACCGAGUGCCACCCUCCAUGCGCUACCGAGGGUGGGUGUUAGCUAACUGCCUCCGCCCCAAGUAAUAAGUGAUAAAGACAAACGCCACGCUACUAGAGGCUUCUGUAGUGAUUCUUUUCACUGGUUAUAUCAACAACUGUGCUAAAUCAAUUGAAUAAAAGUCAGUACUACUAAACAUCCUGAAGGGGAAAUAAGAAGAAAAAAAAACGAUGUCCUUAAGACAGUUACGUACCUCCGGGCCGUUCACGUAACUCCACAACAGAACUCCUUGAUUUAUGUCCUCGGACUCUGAGACCCUUCAUUACUUAAGUAUGAGCAACAGUUCAUGCAAGGAUGACACUAAUAUUGGAUGUAUGAACCAUUCUUGUAUAGAUGAAAAGAACAUUGGACGGAAUGCAUCAGUGAUCACCAGUGCUGUGUUAUUUGGUACAGGAGUUUUCGGCAACGUGAUUGCCCUUAUUAUUCUCUUGAAGCACAAAAGGACCUUCAAACAUAAGAUUUCUGUAUUUUACGUUCUGGCAAGUGGACUGGUACUAAAUGAUCUUUUAGGCAAGUGUUUAGUUAGCGCGCCUGUGUUCGUCUGUUACGCCUUAAAUAAGACUCUAAAAGGGAUUGCUGAUGGAAACAACAGUAUGUGUAAUUCAUUUGCCUUCCUCAUGGCAUUUUUUGCGCUCACCUCAAUAUUCAUAUUACUCGCAAUGGCUCUGGAGUGCUGUCUGUCCUUAGGGUACCCCUAUUUUUAUCAAAGACAUAUCACAAAGAGAAAAGGUUUGCUGUGCUUUACAGCGGUUUAUCUCUUCUGUCUCAUCUUCUCUUCUCUGCCACUCCUAGGCUUUGGUCAAAAUGUACAGUACUGUCCAGGAACGUGGUGUUUUAUUCAAAUGACCUCAGAUUCCUCCAAGAAUGUAUUCAGUUAUGCUGUACUUUAUGCCACUUUAAUGGGCGUCUUGAUCUUUGCAGUUAUGGUAUGCAACAUCCUGGCCAUGAAAAAUCUUAUUAAAAUGCAAAAGACAGCAAAGAGAACUAUGAGAAGUAACUCACUUUACAGUUCAGAGGACAUAAAACCAGGAGGACAAAACACUGAAGAAAGUGGCCACCUUAUACUUUUGGUCAUCAUGACUGUUUCCUUCAUGGUGUGUUCCUUGCCCUUCAUGGUUCGUGCUUAUACAGCUACAUUUGCACCUGAUAAAGAUGAAGCUGCAGACUUGAUCGCUAUCAGAUUCCUUUCAGUGCAUUCCAUCAUAGACCCAUGGCUUUUUAUCAUUUUUAGAACAUCUGUUUUCAGGACAACAUGCCGCAAGGUGUACGAUAAAUUAUGGCCAGGAUAAAAAACUGGAAUACAACAGAAUCACUGCAUCUGCUGACUGAUCAUGUACCAUACUGAAGAGUGCCACUGGCUAAGAUGGAAGCAGCUAGAAUCAUGACAGAUGGUGGACUUCCUGAAUAUAGUAAAUUACAAAAAACUGUCACAGAAAGAGGCUGAUUUCUGAACAAAUAAUGAUGUCAGGUGUGGAGUCUCAGUAUAAGACUAAGAACUGUUAUUAUGGAUUUUAUUUCACAGCAUAUGAUACAAAGUGGUAUCUUAUUUAUUGUACUUCAGUCCUUGGUAGCCAGGCAAGGACAUCCAUGUAAAGGAAUCUUUUUACAAAGGCCACUUGGUAGUACCAGAGAGCUUAACUAACCUAAUUAGAGUAGAUUAAAUAGCAUGGUAAGAAUCAACCAGUAUGUAUGCAGUGGCAUUACAAUUCAUCCCUAGGUCUCCUGGAUACUCUUUGCUAACUCCCAUCCAAAUGUUACAGUUCCCAUGCUCCUCUGCCAUGCCAAAGGUAUUUUUAUUAAUUAAUUCAUGCAUAUUUUAAACAAACACGUGAUAAGGUACAAAUUUGAUGAUAGCUUGUCAUUUUGCAAAUUGAAAACAAGAAUAAUUGCUUUCAUAUUUUAAAAGCAAACAUAGUUUGCUAUAAUGCCACCACCUCUAUUUCUGUAUGCAACACUGUGAUAAAUUAAAGUCUUACUUCAGUGCAUUCAUUCAUUCAUCAGUUUCACCUUAAAUAGCUUUAUUUAGCUCUGAUAUUACAGUGGUUAACCCAAUGCUAUACUACCAGAGUCUACUGGACAGGAGCAAUUCUUACGGUAAAAAGUGUAAAAUCAUAACAGCAUGUUGGAAGUAACUCAUUAAAAAGUUAAUAUUUGUCCCUUUUCCAGGAUAGGUGAAGUGUGUGUGUGUGUGUGUGUGUGUGUGUGUG